CACCACACACCUUUCGGAAAACCUCGGAAGCAACUUUCGGAAGUACACGUAUGUUCAGUGGGACCGAUGAAUUCGUCUGCUCUGCCUGGCUCUCCCCGACUGCGAACCAAACGCUGAAUGAAUGACAGGUGAUUUCGACAGGAGCGCUCGGGGGGACAUGGAGGCCCGGAAGCGUCCGGCGUCCGUGCCGCUCCUUGCUGAAGAGGAGCAGGGAGCAGACGGCAGGCUGCUGGAGGACGGACACCACAAGCACGAAGGCAACACGGCCGAGGCGAACAUCCCGGGGGGCGUUCGGGAGGAGUGGCGCAGCAUCCUGUUGCUGCUUUUCCUCUACAUUCUGCAGGGCAUUCCUCUGGGGCUGUGCUCUGCCGUGCCUCUCAUGCUUCAGAACAGGCACGUCAGCUACAAGGAGCAGGCCCUGUUCAGCUUUGUGACGUGGCCGUUCAGCGUGAAGCUGCUCUGGGCACCCAUCGUGGACUCUGUAUACUCGUCGUCGUUUGGGCGCCGCAAGUCGUGGCUGGUGCCCACCCAGUAUGCCAUCGGCCUGUUCCUUUUCUGGCUGUCGGGCCAUGCCAGGGCCCUGCUGGGGGACGACGGCGAAAGUGCCAGCGCCCCCGACAUCCUGCUGCUCACCAUCGUCUUCAUGGCACUCAACUUCCUGGCUGCCACCCAGGACAUUGCGGUGGAUGGCUGGGCCCUCACCAUGCUCUCCAGGAGGCAUGUUGGCUAUGCGUCGACGUGCAACUCUGUCGGGCAGACUACAGGCUACUUCCUGGGCAAUGUGGUCUUCCUGGCACUGGAGUCUGUGGACUUCUGCAACCGCUACCUCAGGGUCAUCCCACAGAAAGAGGGAAUUGUCACCCUCGAAGGGUUUAUGUACUUCUGGGGGCUGGUGUUCCUGGUGACCACGACGCUGGUGGCAAUGCUCAAGCACGAGCGGGGCCCCAGCCGGGGCAGCGCGGCCGAGGACGAGCCAGAGCUGGGCCUGGUGCAGACAUACAGCAUGGCUUUACGUAUCUUCAAGCUACCCAGCAUACAGACCUUCUGCAUCUUCCUGCUCACCUGCAAGGUCGGCUUUGCGGUGGCGGACGGCGUGACUGGCCUCAAGCUGCUGGAGGCCGGGGUGCACAAGGAGAACCUGGCACUGCUGGCCAUCCCCAUGGUGCCCAUCCAGGUGGUGCUGCCUUUCCUCAUCAGCAGGCACACGAGUGGCCACAGCCCACUGGACGUCUUCCUCAAGGCGUACCCUAUCAGAUUACUAUUUGGAGUACUAUUUAUGUUCCUGCUCAGUUGGACGUACAGAGUGAAGAAUGUCGAUGGCACUUUCCCCAUCUACUACUACGUCGUCAUCAUCUGCGUCUAUGCCGUUCAUCAGGUGACAGUGUACAGUAUCUUUGUGUCCCUGAUGGCGUUCCACGCGAGGGUGAGUGACCCGGCCAUUGGGGGCACCUACAUGACCCUGCUGAACACGGUCACCAACCUGGGGGGCAACUGGCCAGCCACCGUGUCCCUCUGGUUCGUGGACAACCUCACCUUCCAACACUGCAAGGGUGCCGGGGAUGGCUGGACACAGUGUUCGUCCAAGGAGGACCAGGAGGCGUGUGCUGGUCAGGGGGGCACCUGCGAGACCACCCUGGACGGCUACUACAUUGAGAUGGUGCUCUGCAUCCUGCUGGGCUUUGUGUGGCUCCUCUACGCCAGGCGGAGGGCCCGUUGGUUGCAGUCGCUGCCGCCAGCCGCCUGGAGGUGCUCCUGAACCGUCGGUCCGUUCGACGAGGUGGGCCGACACCCCGCAGCACUCGAUCUGCGUCUUUGCCACGGCGCCGAUUUUCGAAGAACUUAAGUCCUCGACGGAAUGAGAAUGGCAGGACGUGUCUUUUGAACGCCCGGCCUCCGGCAAGCGCUCCAUGCCUUUCGCCGUGCUUUGGCUGUGCACGCACGCACUCCGGGUGCAAGAGAUGUUGAAGCGUCGUUGAGGAGCUCGUACCAGAGGCGGGACAAUGGAAGCUCCUCCCUGCGAUUCUCACCCUGUCAGUGAUUGCUGCCACCGGUGCUGUAAUGGUGUUGAAGUGGUGAAACACGUCUUCUUCUUUCAGGACAAAGGUGCUGUGACCACCAAUCUCCUCCUGUGUAAGGGGGUUGGGGCUCAGUCACCAAUAGUUCCAACAGAGUUCACCACAAAUCUCGUCGUCUGCGACACAACACCAACUGUGUUGACGGCCCCGGUGUUUGAACUAUCCGAGUGGAAAAGAAACUCUUGCCAAACCUCAAUCCAUCAAGCAAUGACAAGUGGGCAUUCUCUUUUUCUUGCUUUAUACCGGGUUGGCAAGCGUCGCAGUGUUUUGAUGGUGAAAGGACCUUUAGACAUCUGAUGCCGGGAAACAUUCCGUUUUUUUAUGUUUUUCAAAGGGUCGUAUAAGUUGAGUGUCUUGUGCAACUUUGCAUUUUGCUGGUUACACCAGAAAACCUGUUUUUAUUGGAUUUGUGGGUCAAUUUCUUCUUGUCUCAGGUGCUUCUUUCAAUCUAUUCGAAUUUGGCUGGUGUACAAAACUCUCGCAGAAGUGCAUUAAAAGCAUAAACGAGUGUGAAUAUGUAAAUGUACAGGGAUAUGAAUUUUGUUGAUGCCUUGGUGUCAGAUACAACCAUACUAAUGUCGGGUGACCGUGCAAAAUGUGGUGACCACCCAAAAGCUGCAUUUUGCACACGUGCAAAAUGCCGCUUCCAGGUGGUCACUAAAAAGAUGGUGACUUUCAAACAGUCCCUAAGCUCUGGCACGCACCACUAAUUGUGCUUUGUAGGACUAGCCAACCUAGACUCCUUAGUGUGGCAUGUUUAAACAUCUUUUAUUGAAAAAUGUUGAUAAUUGGAGCACAAGUGAGAGGAGAUGCAAUUGGAACAAUUAUACCAUCUACAGUAAAUUCAGUAAAUGUGCAGACAACAAGCAACAAAAAACUCCACUUGGCAGAUUGUGUUCCACCAUGCUCAGACGCUCAAUCGAAAGACUGACAAGCUGCAGCAUGGCUCGCAUCACUUCAAUAUUUAUUUACCCCAAUAAAAUCUACACGAGUGUUC